AUGAAGUUCUCUGACACCGCGCAAUUUUCUUCAGCAAUUUUGGGGGCGGACUUGCAGUUACCGAGGGCUUGGAUCAAGAAGGCCCUGAGCGCUUUCGAGCGCAAAAAUCCUGGAUAUGUUAGUUUGGUGUUCGAAGACACUGAGGAAGCAACACUUGAUUUCCAAUCCAUUCCGCCCAUCGUCGGCGCAGAUGCCCUUCGCGAGUUCCAUGAGUGGCUCUUCAAGGCCAUAUUGAAAGCAGAAUUCUCGGUGAACUCUGCCCACCUUUUAUCGACGCAGAUAAUCUUCCACGUCGAAGGCACCUUCCACUUCCUGGAAGAAGAGCCACAAUUCGUCUCGUGGAUGAUCGCCGUAGAUAAACGUCCUCAGGACUCGAAGGCGAGGGCGAUGACUGUGUACGGGCAAACUGCUCCAUUCCUCGCAAAGUGUCAGGCUUCUGCAGGUUCCAGUUCUCCUACCCUUGAUUCUCGCCCCUGA